AUGGAAACCCAACAUAAAAUUAGUUCAGCGGAAAAAAGAAAAAAAACGGAGAACAGUGGAGAAGAUAAUAGUGAAGAGAGUUUUACAACAGUUACAAGGAGAAAACCAAAAUGUCGUAGGAGUGAUUUAACAAAAAGUGCCGACAAUAAUCAACUCAUUGACGCAUUGACAACGCCGUUAGAAAUGCAACGCUUAGAAGAAUAUUAUGAAGUUUGUAUUACAUCUUUGCAAUGCCUUCCUAAACAAAUAGGUUUGGCCAAACUACUUAAGUCAGAAAAUAUUAUUAACAUUAUGAAAAUUCAGUAUAAAAGCCCGUAUAAGGUUUUGGUUCAAUUCCAGAAGUUAGAAGAUGCUUAUCAUCUAAUAAAUUGUAAAAAGAUUUUAGAUUUGGGUUAUCAUUGUCGUAUUGUGAAUGAGACACACUUAUCUUUUGGAGUUGUAAAAGGAAUUGAUAUAGGAAUUGAAGAACAAGAAAUUUUAGAAAAUUUGACCUCAUCAUGUGAAAUUUCGUCUGUGAAAAGACUCAAACGCUUAGAUAUAAAUGGGAUUCUUAGCAAAAAAGAAAAGUCCAUUGUUGCAACCGAGUCAGCUACGUUAAAUAAUGAAGAAGUGACAAGAAUGGAAACUGACGCAUGUACAGAAAAACAAGAGGAGAAACAAAAGAUAUCUAAGAUAUGGGUAAUUAUUAAAAGGGUAAAAGAAAUUCUGUUCUCUGAAAGCAAAGUAGAAGAAAAGAUUCUCGAUAUUGUUAAAAAGCAAAAGGAAGACGUAUUAAAGAGUUUUCGGUUGGAGCCAGUAACAAUUUGUUUUGAUUCGGUCCUAGCUGGCAACCCGAAAUCUAUAGAGAGCCGCGAUACGAUAAGAUACGAAGUACUAAAAAAAUGGGAAAAGAACACCAUUAAAGAAGGAAUCAAAAGUUCUGUCACGCUGUAA